CUACUCUGUACAUCCGUUGUUGACUACAGUUUCUGAAGCUAACACUACCAGUGGUCAUAGUAUAAUUCACAAUACCAACAUGGCGAACUUUGACUUCUGUGGACAAACUGACAUUCUAUUAACCUACAACAAUAGUCCAAUACACUCUGCUGUGGUCCGGCCUUAUUCAUACAACAUUGCGCCCCAGGUCAGAAGGAAAACCAUCAGUUUUUCUCUUGACGACCCUAAGAACGUCGCCAUCUAGGCCAAAGGCGAUAUUAGGGAUGUGUUACAUGUACUUACAAGCUCCCCUGACACUGAUGUGCCGAGUCCCUCACACUCAGACAUUAUUUUGCACCAGGAAUUAACAGCAGUACAGCUGCACGCAAUAGUCACGACGCCACUUGUAUUCCACAAUGCCUCAAACGCUGGGGUGCGCGACCGCGGUCUAGUUCAGUUGGCGUAUAUCGAGAGAGAAAUAGAAAACUCAAACCUCCACUUGUCAAUGUAUACGUAGUAGACAAGUGUA